GCUUGUGUUGUGGUUACAGGCUGAUUGAUGUCAAAGCUCCAACUUCCUCAGUCACCUUCACUUACUGUUCUGAGGAAAACUCUGACUUUGUCUGUUGGAUGAAGCCUUCGAAAAGAACAAAAUCACUCAGCUCUUCUGCAGCUGUAAAGCUUCAGAAGGAUGUAUACAAUCUCCCAUCCCAUGAUGCCCUGGCACAGAUCCUACCAGAUUACCGGACAGAGCUUCAGAGCACAACUCAGCACGAACAGGAGACACCAGCUGAGAGGGCAGAAGCUGCACAGGGCAGCAAACCCAACAUAAACUACACGUAUCACAUACAUCCUCCACACAAGCGACCUCCUCUGCAUGACUUUGAGGAUGAUCCCAACAUGACAGAGAUCACCGACCUCCAAACUAAGGAGGUGGAAAACUAUCGUUCAGCCAUGACUAAGAUGGCAGACGACAUCAUAACACUGAGGACGCAGGUGGGGAUGCUGGAGGCAGAAAACAGCCAGCUCCGCAGUGAUCUCUCUCUGCACCAGGACCUUGGCCAGGAUCUGCUCACUGACACAGACAUCGACGUCAUGACCAAGGCUGAGAUUGCUGACCGCAUAGCUACUCUGAAAUUCAAGCUGGCCAGUGAAACCAGUAAGACCGCCUCACAACGGAACAGGAUCCAGGAGCUGCAGAAUGAGCUGAUCAGGAAGAACGACAAUGAGAAGGAGCUGCUGAAGCUUCAGAGAAUCCACCAUCAGCAACAGGAAGACCUGCAGAAUCACCAGACUCACAUGACAAAGAUGGCAACUUUGGAGAUCACAGUGAAGCAGCAGGAAAAGGUCAUAGAGAAGAUGGAGAAAGCUUUAGACAGCAAACUCAAAGAGAAGAAAAGACAAACUGGCGACAAAAAGCUGCUAUUGAAAGUGCAAAGAGAUGAGGCUGACCGCAAAAAGGAAGAGGUAGAGUCGACCUUGGCAGCAGAGAACGCCCGUCUGAGAAUAGAACUGGACAGGAUUCGCCAGCUGCCUGCCCCAGUCAUUACACAGCAGUCAGCACAGGGUCCCCCUCAGAGGAAAGAUGCACUACCACACAAUGAGAAACUGAGUUUACUAAAUAAACUGGAGAGGGCCGAGGCAAGAAUCCAAACACUGGAGGCUCAGCUGGAGGAGAAUGCUAAAUUAUGGGGGAGACAGAAACAAGAAAUGUUGACUAAACUGAGUGAGCACAAGCACGGCUUUGUCCGAACCUCCACCACAAUCCUUCAUAAUGUGUCUUUGAAGGCUGUACCAGAUUCUUUACAUCAGCAAAGAAGACAGAAGAAGCAAAAACCUGUAAAAUGACUGCAAACAAACUUCGGAACUCUUUACCCAAACCAAAAAAGACACACAAACUUUCUCUGUCAUGUAACAACAGACAUUUAAUCUAACAAAUAUGCUUAUAGAUUUAAAUAUGGAGUACAAUUACAUAUAAAGACACAUAGUUUGUAUCAGUUUUAUUAUUUAUCACUGGUUUGUAUGGAUAUUAAAAUGUUUACACCAUGUACAGGUGGAAUAAACUACAUUCCAGUUUUCCAAGAUAUUAUAGACAAAAAACUACAUUUCCAUCAUUAAUCAAAUUACUCAUCAAGUAAUGUACAGUACAUACAGGUACUUUCUUUACUAGUCAUGGAAUUGCCGAGGUAAUUUUUCAUCUAAAUUUUUAGCCUUUUCUUUCCUAAUGUUUUUUUUCUUGCUCUCUGUCAGCCUCUAAAGAUGGAAGAUUUUAUUUAGGGUUUAUAUUGUGGUGCUUUAUGAAGACCUUUAUCACAAUCAACUGUGAUAAAAUAGAAUGAGCUUAUUUACCACGCACCACAAUAUUUUUCCCAAAUUUGAAGUUACCGACUAGCUUGUAUAGGUUUCAAAGUCAAUAUUAUGGGCUUGUCUGGCAAGAGAAUGAGCUCAAAGGUACUCUGCACCUCCACAUGGCGCUGUUUCUCCACUCGGAAGUUCUCAAGCAUCUGCAAAAGACAAAAAUAAUCUAUUCUGCGUCCUAAACACUGGCGGGGGCCGAAGCCGAAGCCCAAACUCCUGAAGUAGUGAGUCUCUGUCCUCAGCCAGCGAGAAGGCUGGUACUGCUCUGGACGGAAAAACACCUUGGGGUCUCUGCCCAUUGCAUGCAGCCCUAACUGGACCAGAGUCUAAACACAUAGAAACAAAAAAAUGCAUAAAAGUUAGAAGCAACUCCUCAGUUUCAAUGUAAAUGCUCAAGUUCAAAAACCUAAUUUGAUUUUGAAUAUGUGUAACUGCCUCUUACCCCAGCUGGGAUGUGGUAGUUUUGAAUAAUUAUAUCUUCUGCUAUGUAUCUUUGUAGGCUCACUGCAACUGGGUGUAACCUGAGGUAUGAAAAUGAAAAUUCUUCAUUACUGGAAACAUUAACUUUGUGAAUGAAUUGAGAGUACAAAGUAGGCAGUAGUACCAAAAUUACAGCAUCUUUUAAUGUAAAUGCAAAAGAGGUAAAGUGCAAAACUUUCAAAGUAAUCAUGAAAUUUACAUUUCUGAACUAACGAAUAAAAAGAUUAUGUCAAAUGUC